AUGGUGCGAGGAGCUUGCACGCUACUGGUUUAUAAUUGGGGACCGUCAACAAAUGACUAUGCGGGCCACUGGGCUGGCGGGGAGCGCCAGCCUUGCGGUGGGCUGCGUGUCUGCGUCGAAGCUGGCAUCGACGCAUGUUUUGUCCCGCAUCUGGUCCUCAUUAGAGGAGCCGAGAGUAUAAAGCGAGGAGCUGACGGGGUGCUGGGAACACUCGGCUUCCAGGACUGGAUCAUGGGCUUUGCUGCGUGGCUGUGUUUGCUGUGCCUGCAGGCGAGCCUGCUGUCUCACGCGCUCGACUGCUCGGGAGGAAGUCAGGCCGACUUGUGCGUCAACACACAGACGGCGGACGAGCAGACUGGCGAUGAGAGGCUGCAGAGGCCGCUACCUGCCAAUGAAGGCGAGACUUUGCUGAGGCGGAAGAGACAUUUGGAGCGCCGAGGCCACGCCCACCUAAGUCACCCCGGCCUCCCUGGGGCCAUCCAUGCAAAAGGCUUUCCAAACGCUCUCAUCCAGGCUGACAGGUCCAGGCGACACUUGGCUCAAGCGGCGAACAAGAAGAAGAGCAAGCGUAAAUCCCGCGUGGGCUCCUUUUCCCUCCUCAGCAAUGAUAAGAAAUCUAACCCCCUACAGGUGAUCAGAGCCAAAAGACAGGUAAAGAAUGAGACGUCCAAAUCCGGUCGAUCUGGGGUUUUCUCCGUCCUGGGGGAGCCACGGCAUGACCGACAACAAAAAGAAGCGUAAAAAGGACAAAAUCGCACCGGGAUUCACCAAAAUGGAUACAAGUUGCUGUGUGGCGGACAUUGCUGUUUGAGCUGUAAACUAAUCUACUGGCCUUUAGCUAAUAUAUGCUAAGGUUUUACUAUGUAUGUGCCAGCAUGCUGUGGAAACCAGGAUGGCAUUUGUUAUUGUUGUAUUUUAUCAGAUAUUGAGGGGUAUAUUUUUGCAGAAAUGUUUCUUAUUGUAUGAUUUCAAUAAAAAGUUUAGGAGAGACCA